AUGCCUGACGGAAACGACGAACAUGAUGCCGCCCUCCCCUCUGUUCAACCACAUGUCCACGCCCACAGACCGCUCCAACGCCCAUCCUCUCGUCCGUCGUCCUCCCCGAAUCGCCUACCCCCCGAUCAUACUGUGCCGCUGACUUGUUCGUCUCCGCCCGCUUCGUUCCUGCCUGCAACCACAUACGGCCCCGAAUCCCCUGUCUCCCAACCUCAACCACCAUAUUUCUCGCCCAAUGGUGCUGCCGACGAAUCUCGCUUCGAACAAACCCCAUCGCCCGAUCCGAGUGAAUUCUACCGUCCGUACGUGGUUGAGGAUGCGCAAAAGAGUGCUGGCUUAGGUAGACUGCUGCCAUCAGAUAUCGACCCCGGAAUGACUUCAAUCACAUCCACUCCUCGCAAUCUAUCAGUCACUUCGAAACAUCUCGACCCGCCCUUGUAUAAUCAGAGCUCGACCGCUCGUUCAUAUCAAUUUCGCUCGGUGUCCGGCUCAAGUAUAUCGUCGGGAGACAGUGUGCCUCGCCAACCAACGAACUUUCGCAACCGGCAGACAUCAUUCAAGGAUUUGAUCCAUCGCUUCAACCAAAACGCUGACCAAAUUCCUCCCAUACCGGUUCGAUCUUCUUCUCGUGUGUCGUCCCGAGCCCCUAGCCCAUCUCCAAACGCUAGCCGUGCUCGUCGGGAUACUUCUACUCCUCAAGCGGCUCAACACCAGCGUACCGAGGAGCCUUUGUCGAGCCCAUCGAGCUCAACACAGGACAUAAGACACAAGCAACUCCCUCUUUACCCUCCUGCAACCCUUCCCAUAGAAGCGUCCGGUAUUGAAAGUGGUGAAUCGCGGCGACCGCUCUUUGGAGAGCUCGUACCUAUCGACACUGGGGCGCAUACUGUCGGAUAUGGGAUCGCGUCUCAUCAUCCUCGACGCAGAGGUUCUGACAGCAGUCUUCCUAGUCCAAACCCGCUUUUAAUCGACCGACGAGCCGCUCUCGAUCCUACCAUUUCCCCCUCCUCUCCCACGGCGUGGUACCUCGCCUCUUCGCCAUCUUUGGGAGGCUCACAAUCCAACUCUGAUACUCGACAUCAUCGUCGUUCGAGGAGUGACGCUUCGUGGAACAAUCCAAACUUUCCUUCUCCAGACCCCCUAGCGGACCAGAUGGCGGUCGCUUCAUUCCGGGUUCCGGUUGCCGCAACCAGCCCGGUCAAUAAUCCACAUUCCAAGUCUCGCAUUCCCAUCUCCUCCCGACGCACGAGUCAUGCCUCCGAAUCAGGAAGCAGUUCCUCCCCGUCCACGCGGCCUAGUUCAGCAAUGGGCGUUCAUACAUCUCCAAGUCAUGUACCCCUUGCUCCUAAGGGUAGCAGCCGUCUUCCGAAACCCCUCACCAUAUCAAUGCCCGAGAUUACAAGCCCCGAUAGGCAAAAUCGAACUUCUUCCAGUAUCAAGUCUCCCAAUCGCAGAGAUAUUGCUCACAGCCAUGGAAGUCCUACCCAAAUUCGUGACAAGGGCUCUCUCAAGGUAUAUGUCUCUGCACCUCCUCCGAUGAUGUCCCCGCCGCUUCGCAGUUCUCGACCACGGAAACAGGUAUCAACUGCCAGCACUGCGGCCUCUCGUGCAAAAGUCGUUGAUCGGCUCUCCCGUUUCCAAUCAUCUCCAGGUGAAGCCGACAAUGAGGCGAGAAAUUCUCGGCAAAGAACGCGGAAGUUGCCUGAAUUAGGCAAUGUUGAUUUUGCCGCUCGACGCCAGAGAAUUCAGCAGGCUUUCAAUAGGUCAGUUGAGGAAAGUGUCAAAAAGGAAGAGGAAGCUGCCGAACGUCGACGAAUUGCGCGGUAUAGGAGAGAUGAAGAGGUGCGCUCUAUGCUUAUCCGGGAGGGUGAGCUGCGCAAAAUGGCUUCCAUGGAAUCUCCGUUGACACCUGUUCAACGGCCUCUGAAUCAUUCACACUCUUUCCGCCAAACAACAAACCCAAUCGACGAAAAUAGAGGCAGUUCUCCCCUGGCUUCCGAACCUACACCUUCACUUGCUCCGAGCUUGACCAUUGAUACCAGUGGGGGUUCUUUCAACCAUCAGUCCGAGCCUAAACAAGAGAGAUCCCACCUCGACUUGGAUGACUCUCCAACCUUGGGAGUAACGACUACUCCAAAUGCAAACCCACCAGAUGCAAAAUCCCCAUCAAUUGACGAUUGCACAUCUGAUAUCCCACCUUCCUCAGCAAUCACGGCAGCCACUAACGGUAGUGACACGACAAAUUUUGACCCGGAACCUCAAACACACUUAGACCAUCAAGAGUCGCAUCGGAAUAUCCUCAAUCGUAUCAUGCAACUCCGUGAGUCGAGCUCCAGCAGCGAGUGUGAUGAAGACGAAGAAGAUGACGAGCCGUGUGAUACCGACGAGAAGGAAUCUAUCCAGAUCAUGCUUGACCCGAACCGCGGCACAUUUUUCUUCGAUAGACGGGAUAGCAAUGAGACUGAAGAUAGCAAAAUUGACGAUGAAACAGAUGCGGCAAGUCACGACGACCAAGCUAAUCGGUGGAGUAUGGCGUCAUGGGCUUCCUCAGCCAGAGAUCAGCAAUCGAUACCAGAGUCACAAGGGGGUGCAGUUCCUCAAAAUGAGGCUAUUGAUACAGUCGAUCCAGUCGAUCCAGUCGACGUUGUCCCCCAGCCGAUGCCCCGCUGGGACGAGUCGGUAAAGGUAUCCUAUAACCAAGCGCCAAACGACUUUCUCCAUAGCAAAGACACCAUUGGUCCUAUGACUCAUAAACGACAACAGUCACACCCAGAUAAUCUAAUCCGCCAGGGGCGCUGGGACUCUAAGCGUGUGACGCAGCUUUACCUGCAAGAGCUUGUACGAGGGCGAUUUCGCCAGCCUCUUGAUCGCCCCUGGGAAGUUCUUCAGCCAGAAGAAGCAGCUGAAGCUGAAUCUAAAACGAACAGUUUGACAGAUGAACCGGUAGUGGUUCCUCGCGUCCGAGAUUUAUCUUCUCGAGACCAAAUUUCGCGCGCUAGUUUGAGUUUGAGAGAUGAUUGGGAAAGCGCUUCCCCAUCGAUUGCAGAUUGGAUGCAGGUAGCUGCUGGAGACGAAGCCUCAACUGCUCCGCCAAGGAGCAACCCCGAUCACAACCUUGCCGAUGACAAUGCGAAGAUGAAGGCUUCGAUACAUACGCACUCUCAAACCACGCAGCCGAAGGUCAAUGAUGCUUGGGAUGCCUUGGGCCUUGCUAUUGACGUUAAACCCCCCGUCGACAACGCCGCGGUUGUUCCUCCACCACAGCCUAACCAUAGCCCGCCUCCAGUUCCCGCUGAGUCGGAGCAUCUUAACGCCCCUGAUCCACAGGUCGCCGUGCCCCAGACAGUACCAUCGGGUGUCUACGCGAAUCAGCCACCUUCUAGCAUUCUUACAAAUACUCUCUUUCCUUCGGCAGAGGAACCGUUGUUUAGACACAGUGAAGACUCAUAUUUGACACAAGGUACAUUCACUCCCUCGCCACCGACCUUGGCCUCGUCUGCAACGUCCCAACUUGUUUCAGACAUCACACAAAGUGGCUCGCCAACACCAGAGCAAAAGCAAUUGAAACAGCGCCGGCAUGUCAUCAAGGAGCUUGUUGACACCGAAUACACAUAUGGCCGCGAUAUGAAAGUGGUGGAUGAUAUUUACAGAGGCACGUCAAGCUCAUGUCUGGACCUUUCUGUCGAUGACGUGCGGAACCUGUUUGCCAAUUCCGAUCAAAUUGUUCAAUUUUCGAUGAACUUCCAAGAUGCAUUGAAGCAGGCUGCCAAGAGUGUGUAUGUCAUGCCAAAGUCUCAACGAUGGAGCAGCAAACGAGGUACUCGGAGUACCCGGGGUGGCUCGCCCAUCGAGCCGCAAUACUCUGUAGCAGAUUUAACCAGUAUUGAACAAGAUGAGCGCACUUUUAUCGGCCACGCCUUCAUGGAACAUAUGUCUCAGAUGGAGAAGGUAUACACCGAUUAUCUAAAGAACCAUGAGGUAGCCAAUAAGACGCUGCAAACUUUACAACGCAAUCCGAAAGUGGAAAUUUGGUUGAAAGAAUGUCGUGACUGGGCCAUGGAUCUUACAGAAGCCUGGAACCUGGAUGCAUUGCUUGUUAAACCAGUGCAGCGUCUCGUCAAGUACCCUCUCCUGCUAUCGCAACUUCUCAAUGCGACCCCAGAAACGCAUCCAGAUCAUGCUGCACUAGCGAAAGCGCUCGAAGCGGUCACCAAUAUAUCGGUUCGCAUAAAUGAUCUAAAGAAGCGUGCAGACGUGGUAGGUCAAGUAGUCAGCAGUCGAAAGCGCAAAGAAUCCGACGUUCGAUCGGGAUUUACCAAAGCAUUCGGCCGUCGCACUGAGAAGCUUAGACAGCAAGUUGGCCUCUCUGAGAUGCACGAAGACCCAGACUAUAACGCCCUAUCGACGCUAUUCAACGAAAAUUUCUUCCAGCUUCAAGUCGUCAUGCGCGAUGUGGAAAUGUACACCCGUGAGAUCAAGACGGGCAUGGAUCAAUUUAACGAAUACAUCCUUGCCAUCCAAGGGUGCAUUGACGUCGCCCAAUCUAAUCACACUGAGUUGGAAAGCAAGUGGAAUCGACUCCGCAUGUAUGUACGGGAAAUUAUGAACAUCGCUUUACCCGAACAUAUCACGGCCGUGCGCAAGGGCGUAAUCGAUCCUAUGCUUACUUUGCUGAAACUCUAUGAUGGUCCUCAAACCGUGAUGACAAAGCGAACCAAGCGACUGCUCGACUAUGCUAGAUACAAAGCUGUGAAAGAUCGAGGAGACAAACCCGACAAGAAAACGACUGAACAGGGAGAACAAUUCUCUGUGUUGAAUGACGCCUUGAAAGACGAGCUUCCUAAACUUUUUAAUCUCACCGCGAAGCUAAUGGAGGCUUGUCUCAAGAAAUUUGUUGGCAUUCAGCAGGAAUGGUACCAGUUAUUACAACAAAAGAUCAGCCCCGUUCUUGACCGAUUUCCAGCUGAGAUUGCGGGCAUUGUCAACGACUGGUCUGCGGACUUUUCAUUUGUUGAUGCACAGAUUUUGUCACUCGCACUUUGCAACGGUGCUUUGCUUUCUGAGGCAAAUAGCCUUGGCAACUUCAAUGCACCUACUGCAGAUGGAACGGCCUCGCCUCGACGACCUUCAACUGUGACCAACACAAGCUCUCGUACCGCAUCGGUUGCAAUUGAAAAUUCUCCUAAAGUAUCGUAUGACCUUGGAAACGGUGGCACAUCCAUUCAUUCACACGGCUUUGAUGGACAGUCAGAUCAAACCAACGCCUCGCAGCCAUAUUUGGCUGGAGCAAAUCGUGUCCGAACCAAUUCAUCGAUGUCUGGUCCAAAUCGCCCUGGGGUUGCAGAAAUUCCUAAUGGAUAUGCUGGCACAGGCGCGCUGGCGAAUGCUAUGUCUCCUAGACCAAGUACCAGCUCCGUUGGGCGUCCUGGGGAACCAUUCCCAGCGGCCCCCCAGCUAAGUCUCGACAUGCCAUUCAUGCGGGAAUCGCUCUUACACGAGACCAACACUUUUGAAUCUACACCAGGCGACAUGACGGCGUCUCCGGCUCGCUUUUCUGGAUUCUUCUCAUCUGCCUUGCCUAUGUCAGAUUCUCCCCGACCAGAUGCCCACGCUACAACGACUGCAGCGCCGUCGAUCAACAAUUCCAAUCCUAAGGUUUUAUUUCUUGCGGCUAGUCUGUACGAGUUCAACAUUGAUAAAUCAAGACGCGAAGCUGGUUACCCUUACCUCACUUACAUCGAGGGCGAGGUCUUUGAUGUGAUAGCUGAGAAGGGUGAAUUGUGGCUAGCACGAAACCAGGACGACCCGUCGGGCCAGGUGGGCUGGAUCUGGACUCAACAUUUUGCAAAGGUGCCCAGCUGA